AUGUUGGAUACAAUGCUGGUAGAAAAAACGAAUGAUGAAUUGUUGGCUAUUGUUGGAGCCGAGGCAGAUUGCAAGCAAGUGGCAGCUCUUGCCCAGGCUUAUGAUGCUACUAGUCUUCUUGUGAACUGUUUCGAUCAAGUUGGAGAGUCACAGAUGCCUUCGUCGACUGCUCUGGAAAUGGCUUCUACUCAAGGAGGAAAAUACCGAGCAUUUGCUAAACUAGCCAAAUCAGUCGGCUGGACAAAUGUUGCUGUUCUCAAUUUUGUCGAAGAUGGACCUACAGACUACACUUAUCAUGAUCAACUACUGGAUUCAUUGUCAUCAGAAUCCAUCACAUUGGAUUUUGUAAGAAAAGGAGGUUUCUCAGCUGAUCAAAAUGCCGCUAUGUAUACUGGAUUGGAGUCUGUGAUCGAUGUUAUUUUGGAGACUUACUUGAAAACCAGAAUAUACAUUAUCAUUCUACAGUACCCAGUCGCUGGCACUUAUUUCAUGAAUGUAAUGUCGUCGUUGGGAUUGUUGGAGACCGGAAAGUAUUUUGUAGUAAUGAUGGGACCGGUGGACAGCGACUCGGCAAACUACUUCAGUUUCAAUACAAAUCGAGUGAACACAAUGUUUUCCACAAUUGGUUAUGGAGUUUCGGAUUCUGAUGUCAGACAGUACUACAGAUCAUUCUUGUAUUUCACCGACAUUCCACAUUAUCCAAAAAACUUCAGCGAUGAAUGGACAAACUUUCAAAAGCGAGUUGAUAAAGAUGCAGCAAAAUCAUUCUGUCCACCGAUUUGUGAUACAGAAGCAGAUGGAAUUGCAAACAAUGAUCCAUGGUCGGAAGACGGAUAUUGGUAUUCGGAGAAUCCAUCAAUUGUGAAUGCAUAUGACAUGGGAAGAUUGUUAUCUGAAACAGUUAGUGUUCAUGGAGCAUCUAUUCUAAGAAAUCCAUCAGCGCUUGUGGAAACUAUGUCUGGAAGAGGAGUAACAUCACUGCUUGGGUAUGUAACCAAAUUUGAUGCUAAUCGUGUUUCCCAACGAGAAUACAUUCUUUGGGCUCCACAACAAUCAUCAAGUUUAUCGGGACCAAUUCCAUUGACAGAAUGGGCGACAAUGGCUGCAAGAAUGUUGCCGGAUGGAAAAGGAAAUUAUUCCAUCGUGUGGAAGAAUCUCACUCAACUCGGGAUAUACAAUGGAGCACUACCAAAGUCUAAACCAGCAUGUGGAUUCAACAGUGAAUUGUGUCCAGCAAGUAUUCGUAACCUGUCAGAACUCGAGAUCAUCCUCAUUGCUGUCUGCGUGGUUGCCAUCGUUCUACUCGUUGGAGUCAUUGCCUACAUUGUCAGAUGGAUUGCUUACGAACGGCGGCUUGAAUCUUCAUAUUUCUUGGUUCAUCGUAAACAUGUUCAACUGGUUGAUAUGACGAAAUUCGGGUCUAGCAGAGGAGGAAGUAUCAUGCAGAGUGCAAUCAGUAUGAGAUCUCAAUAUGACGACCCUGGGCCGGUCGGCAAUGCGACAAUGAACUUUUACACAAAUGGAAUCAGAAAAGCUGCGAGACGAAGUCAGAUGCAAAAGUCUGAUAAAGGACCAUCUGGAAAUAGAGAUGAUUGGUUGGAAAUUGUUGAUUGGCAUCUGGCAAAAUAUGAUAAUACACUGGUCAUUGUGCGAAAGAUCAAUAAGACUCAACUGAAGUUGACGAGGGAGAUGAAACAGGAAAUUGAUCUGUUGAUGAACGAGACGCAUGAAAACUUGAACAGAUUUUUUGGACUUAUCAAUGAAAGUGAUCUCAUUUUCACUAUUCAUCAUUAUGGACCAAGAAAAAGUUUGAUGGAUUUGUUGAGAAAUGACGAUCUUCGUCUAGACAGAAUGUUUAGAGUAUCGUUUGUUGAAGAUGUGAUCAAAGGAUUGCAAUUUCUUCAUGAAGGCUCAAAAAUUGGUUACCAUGGAAAUCUGAAAAGUUCGAAUUGCAUUGUGGACGCUUACUGGAGAAUUAAACUGAGCAGCUAUGGAAUGGAACAAAUCAGAGCAGAUGAACCGGAAUCUAAACCUGAUGACCUGCUGUGGUUUGCACCGGAAAUCAUUCGUCGCUACGCAGUGAAACAUGAUCUCUCGAAGAUUGAACUUGCGAAAGCGGACAUCUAUUCUUUCUCCAUCAUUCUGUAUGAGAUUUAUGGUAGACAAGGACCGUUUGGAGAUGACCUACUUGAUUCUGAUGAAAUCAUUGAGCAGCUGAAAUUUCCUGAUGGUGGAGCGUUGACUAGACCAGACAUCCAUCUGAUUACAAAGGCUCCAUAUCCAGUGUCCUCGGUUGUUGAAAAAUGUUGGGCAGAGGAUCCGGAUGAAAGACCAAACAUCAAAAAAGUGAAGGAACUCUUGAAGCCGUUGAGCAAAGGAUUAAAAGGAAACAUUGCUGAUAAUAUCAUGAACCUACUUGACCGCUACCGUAACAAUUUGGAAGAUGUCAUAAGGGAGAGAACCGAACAACUUGAAGAUGAAAGGAUCAGAAAUGAGAACUUGCUCCUUCAAUUGCUUCCAAAAUCUGUUGCGAACAGCUUGAAGAAUGGACAACCUGUUGAAGCAGAAUUCUAUGACAGCGUUUCGAUUUAUUUCUCUGAUAUUGUGGGAUUCACUUCUUUGAGUAGCAAAAGUACACCUUUGCAAAUUGUGAAUAUGUUGAAUAGCUUGUACACCAACUUUGACACUAUAAUCGACAAAUUUGAUUGUUACAAGGUGGAAACCAUUGGAGAUGCCUACAUGUUUGUUUCUGGACUUCCUGAUCUGAAUAGUUAUCUUCAUGCUGGAGAAGUUGCUGCUGCAAGUUUGGAGUUGUUGGAUAGCAUCAAGACAUUCACAGUCAGCCAUUGUCCUGAUGAGAAACUCCGACUGAGAAUCGGUAACCAUUCUGGACCAGUGGUCACAGGUGUUGUGGGAAUUCGUAUGCCACGUUAUUGUUUGUUCGGAGACACUGUCAUUAUAGCAAACAACAUGGAAAGUGGAGGAGAACCGAUGAGAAUACAAAUCUCGAGUGACAGCUAUGAACUCAUCCUGAAAUGUGGUGGAUAUGUGACUGAACAAAGGGAGAAGAUCAUUUUGAAGAACAAAAUGGAAGUCAUGACCUAUUGGAUGAAUGACUACUCUAAAGAUACAAGACUCGCCAGAUUGAUUUCACACCAAGAGAAAUUCCCACAUUUGGAGCCACUCAUUCACAAGUUCAACAAAGGAGUUCGUUGA